CAGGGUUUCCCCGUGGCCUCUCCACCUGCCCCAGCCGCCAGAGACAGACUGCUAUUCAGGGAACAUGAGGCACCUCUGUGGAGCUGCUGAGCACCUCGUCGAGACUGGGUGGAGGUUCUGGCAGUUGGGGAUCCGCAAGACCCUUGACCCUCUGCAGGCUGCCUGGGAUGUCUUCUCCCAGCCAGUCCCAGCCAGCUGUGGCCAGCUGCUGACCCAGCUCCUCCUAUGUGCUUCCCUGGCUGUUGCUGCUGCAGAACUGGUUUGUCAUUGGCUGGUCUCUUCGUGGCUUUAUCCUUUGGGUCCCGCGGGCAUCAUAGCCACUGUCUGUGGACUCCUGGUCUUCCUGGGCCUGGGCCUGGCACCCCCACUCCGUUGCCUAUUCACACUCAGCGUGCCCACUCUGGGCACGGAGCAGGGACGCCGGCUGCUCCUGUCCUACAGUACUGCCACCUUGGCCUUUGCCGUGGUGCCAAAUGUCUUGGCCAACAUGGGUGCAGCUGGCCAGGUGCUGAGGUGUGUCACCGAGGGCUCCCUGGAGAGUCUGCUCAACAUGACUCGCCAGCUGCAUGCCGCAUCCAGGGCACUGGGCCCCACAGGCCGCAGGGGCAACCAGGGCCUGACAUUUGAGACCCAGGGCAAUGGCUCCGCCUUCCGGCUUCACAUGCUCAAGGUCACUCAGGGAGUCCUGGAGGACUUCUCUGCCCUGGAGUGGCAGACCCGAGCAGCAGUACUGGGGACCCGGAGGGUGGCCACAGGGAUGUUUGUGCUGGGUCUCCUGGUGGAAUCUGCCUGGUACCUCCAUCGAUACCUGACUGACCUGCGGUUUGACAAUAUUUAUGAGACACGGCAGCUGACCCAGCAACUGGUCCAGGCCCGAGCCACACACCUAGUGGCUCCUCCACCCACCUGGCUACUCCGAACGGCUCGACCAAAGCUGUCGCAGGAGGAGCUGCUGAGCUGUCUUCUAAGACUGGGGCUACUCGCCCUGCUUCUGGUGGCCACAACUGUGAUAGUGGCCACAGACCACAUGGCCUUCCUCCUGGCCCAGGCGGCAGUGGACUGGGCGCAGAAACUGCCUGCUGUGCCCGUAACGCUAAUGGUCAAGUACGAUGCGACGUACACCGUCCUGGACUUUAUUCCCUUCCUCUUCAACCAGCCACCUGUGGAGAGCCCCUUCCUCUCUUCCCGCCAGGACUUCCACUGGGAGCUACGCUUCACGUCGCCCGGCUGCCCGCUGCAGCCCGCCCAGCGCCCCCACGCCGCUGCUGCGCUGGCCGCUGGGAGCCUGCAGCUGCUGGCCUGCUCCACGGUGCUGCUGGAGACCUACGCCCGGCGCCUGCGACACGCCAUCGCCGCCUCCUUCUUCCCUGAGCAGGAGGCAAGGAGGAUCCGCCACCUGCAUGCCCGGCUCUGGCGUAGGUACCACCGGCACCAAAGCCAGCAGCCGCCCUCCGGGCCUCCUCCCUCUCCCCACCUCAUGGACGGAACGCUGGACCCUUUGAAGAGCCAGGGGGCGUGUGUCAGAGGAGCAGGAGGCCUGGAGUAGCACAGAGCUGAGUAUGUUCCUGGGCCCUCGUGCUGCCUCCCUGUGUGACCUCUCUGAGCCUCGGCUUCUACCUCUGCAUAAUGACAAUUGUUGUGACCUACUUUCUACGUGGAAAUGUGCAGGGAAAUAUUGAGCAUGAAAGAUGACUAGCCAAGGGCUGCACAGGAGAAGUGAGGAAGCAGGAGACGCUCAGGUUCUUCCAGACCGUGGAGGCCGGCCAAGGGUAUCCUCUGCAUCCAAUGCUUUACCUGUCGGGUGGAGACUGUGCACCCUAAAUUUAUCUGAAUGCUCCAGGGUCAACUUAUUUAUAAGCCUCUGACACCUCUGAACUUAUUUUUAAUAAUCUAAUAUUUUGAUUUUAUAAAUGAAUGUAUUUAUUAAAUCUUAGAUUAAAUGUUAUUCCUCUACUGCCAGUUCCUUCAGGAGUUUCCCAACCAGGAUGCCAGGUUCAAUUCAAUUUGAAUGUCACACAAACAACACAUUUGUUUAGUAUGAUCCCUGGGUAUGCCCCUGGUCCCUGGGUAUGGCCCUGACGCACUGUGUGACCUUGAGUUUCCCAUUGUCCACACACACACAUGCACACAAGCUCACAAAAUUAUAGUACAAUUACAUAGUAUUCUUGAUUGGCUUUUAUUUGAGAUAUUAGAAUCAGGCAACAUCACAUUCCAGAAUAAGUGCUCUGAAGGAUUGGAAAAAGAAGGUAGGUUUAAAAGACAGAAAAGGACUGGAAAAAGAAAGAACAAAGAAUAAGAAGCAGAUUGGCCCAUAAAUCCUAUAUAAGUGUUAUCAAACACCUGAGUUGACUUUUCCCUCAAAAGGGACAUGAAAAAAAUAAAAUAGGCAUCUUACAAUCUCUUCAUCGUCACCUGCUUGCCACAUCAAUUUCUUGGCCUUUCUUCGUGCAGAAUCUGAGUUAUGGGUAAUGAAGAUCUAUGAAACUCUGAGUUGAUCUAAAUUUUAAGAACAGGAAUGUGGGCCAAUUUGAAUGCCUGACCACUGGAAGGUUAAUUAUAGGUAAAAGAAAUUCAUGUAGAUAUCUUAAGCCAGGGAGGAUUUAAUACAGGAAAUUUGGUCCUUACGGGGCUGGAGGAGGGGACCCCAGAUCUGACUCACCAGGACACUCACCUCUGCCAUUCUCAGAAAGGUAAGAAAUGAGGAAGCCAGAGCUCAGAAAGCUGGCCCAAGUGCACUCUCUUGGUUAAGUCCACACGUGAGGGAGACAAAGAACCACACUGCACAUGGAAGGUCUGUCCUGCAAAAUGCGAAAAUCCUGGGACUCCAGCAAAACCCAUGCCCAGGCACCGAGCUCUGCUCAUACAGCCCACCCACAGCUCUGGCCUGGCUGCUGCAUUGCGUGCCUCAAGGGCUCAUGCCCUCCGCACACACUCCACAUGAGUGACACUCCCCAACUGAUGUGCAGGACGCCUCACAUCACAGGACGCCUGGCUCUCAGGAUGCCACUCCCCAGCAGAAAUAAGAGCAGCAGAAAUUAAGCCUCUGCUUCCUUCCAGUUUCCAUAGGUCACAUGGUUACAUCUAAUUGAUGGACCCUAAAUGACACUGGAGCCCUAGCUAUAAGGGAGUUGGGGAAGUGUGCUUUUUAUUUUCCAAUCCCAAUAAUUUGGGAAGAUCUACUUAGAUAAUAACCUUUGAAACAUUUUUGACCACCCCUCAAAAUAUCUUUUCCUUUGCAAACCACCCCGCAUGAAAUAAGUUUAAUUAAAGACAGUUGUUCUUUUUUCUUAAUUCUUAAAUUUUUAGUGGUGUGUUAUAAUUAUACAUAAUAGUAGGAUGUAUUGUGCUGUAUUCAGACAUGCGCUUGACAGUUUGUUCAAUCUCUCCUUCGUUGUGCAAUGCGGUCUGCUAUUUUCUCUCUUUUCAAUCCUGUCCUAUUUUAAACUAUUCCAUUUAAUCAUAUAUUACUCUAUUCUGUUCUUAUCUUAGUCUACUUUUUAAAAUUAUGGGUAAAGACUCACUAAAUUGCAAGCCCUGUUGAGAAGGAGGGUGGACCGUGCAUCAAGCUGGCCCUGUAGAUGGGUCCGUGGACAUGAGGGACAGCAGCAGAGACAGCAAGAAAGAGGCUUGGUGACCGAGCUGCCUGGGGUGUUCAGUGCGGUGACACAGAGAUGGGG